UGCCUAUGUGAAAGUUCAAGAGUUCAAUCCUCGGUUUAGACAAACACAACUAGUGUCCAUUUCCCUUCUGGAUUCGAUUUGCUAUGUCAAGGGAAGAAAGUGUAUCAUCACAAGCUGAAUCUUAUCAGAUCACAUUGAGCAAGGAUGCCUACAUGGAAUAUUAAAAUUAACAUGCUAACAUUAGUUACCAAUAAAUUGUUACUGAUUCCGGUGUGGUUUCAAAAUCGACGAGCUAAGUGGAGGAAAAAAGAACACACAAAAAAAGGCCCAGGAAGACCCGCUCACAAUGCUCAUCCUCAAUCCUGCUCAGGGGAACCUAUCCCACCAAACGAACUGAGGGCAAGAGAGAAAGCUCGUCGAAGAAAAAAGCUGACAAAGGCUCUCGAACGACAAGCAAGAAAGCUACGGGCAAAAGGAAUAGCAGUUGAUCUCGAAGUUCUCAAGGCAGAGUACCUAUCACAGCAUCACAACAAUUCCAGUUCAGAAAGUGAUGUAGAAGGAGGUGAUGACGAUGAUGACGAGGAUCCAAUUGAUGUUGUUGGAGGAGCUGAAUCUAAUGAAAUACCAGAAGACUGUUUAAUGGAAAGGCGUGUCAGUAUCGACGAUACCAUGGAAGAAAGUACUGAUGCACAUAAGAAUAGUAUGAGGCCAAACCCGUUUAGCAUAGAAUCAUUACUUUACAACAAUACGUGAAAUACACUAUCCAUGGAGAACAGUUUCUUAUAAACACGUUAGUUCAGACGCUACCAUUAUGUACAAUAACACAUUAUAAGUUAAAUAUUUUAGUUUAUUUUCGUUUCAUGCCGUAUUGAAUAAUUAAUCUCUGAAAUGAUA